UGUGUGGCCUUGCACGGUUUACAUUGAUAUUGAUGUUUAUUAUUUGCGUUCUGAAUUGAUUGGGCAGUGCUUUAUUUUGAUUGCUUUUUUCGUGUGAUAUCGUUGCAUUUUGGGAAGUCGAUUUGGAACUUUGGGAGCAAUGGCGACUGCAUCGCGUUCUACCGUGUCGGCCUGGAAACGUGACGUCGAUGACAAUACUGUGGAAUAUUUCAUUUUUCCUGAACUUUCCUCCUGUUCGACCAGGGCUGAGGCUCAUGAGCGACUGAAAGACUUCAAAGAUAAAUGCAUGAGUACUGUGCAGAGUGAUCUUGAGGCAUACAUCUGGCAGAAUGAGCCAUUUGCCCUUCAUGUUCCUCCUGAAUCUGGCUUCCAGCUGGUGCCUAGUGGCAAAGCUUGCUCAAGUGCAGAAAGUGGAAAAGAUGUGCUUCCUCCAUUCCUGUGGGGUCGGACCUGCUACGCAGACUGUGUGGACGACGAGUGGUUCAUAGUGUACCUGGUGACCCGGCUGACGAGGGAGUUUCCCGGCGCUGUGGGCAGGUCUCUCCUCGCGGCCCUGCCUGGGCUCAAGUCCGCGGGUAUGAGGGCUCGACAUCCCCCCAUCCUUCGACGCCCCGCUCGGGACGUCGAGGAAACUCCUCAGCAGGUGACGGCUACUGGACACGGACGGCGAAUUUCUUUUGAUUGAGGCGGCAGAUCAUGUUCCUGACAGCUACGACCCAGAGACGGCAGAACGAAGGGUGUUUCUUCACGAAGGUGCCGUGCACCUCCUGCCUCUCAACUUUCCCGACGAGACUUCUGACGGCUUACCAGUUACCAUGGCAGCAGUGGACGCCGUACGCGACGCUAGCGCCGCCACACGGGCGGACGACAAACUACAGAGUUGCAUCCAACAAAAGAUCGACGGAUACCCAGGCAAGAUCACGGAGUCCCAUCACCGUGCCACGGUUCGUACUCCAGCAGCCGCCGCGGCUCUCCUGGCAGCCUGUCCCCAGCUGCUCCCGGCCGCCGUGCAGGCGUUCUACCUUCGCGACCCCAUCGACCUCCGCGCCUGCCGCGCCAUGCGCUUCUUCCCUCCGGAGACGUGUGUCAACGCGAGUGUCGUCUUCACGAAGACGCUGUACGCGCAGUUGGUGCACCAGCAGUUCCGGCCCGAUGUGAGGACGGGGUGGCAGCUGCCGGCGCCAGCUGCGGCCGAGUUUCGCGCGGCCGAUGUCGGCAUGAAGCUGGCGUGUGGACUAGAGAUCCUGGCGUCUCGCGCCGGCUCUCAGUCUCAUGCCGCCGAGGCCGAUCCCACACUGGAUGAGCUGCGGGACGACGUACGCUGGCAGAGAUACCUCAGCUCUCUGCACCAGAAACGCUACUUUGGGGAUCUUCUGGAGGGUUCGAAGGAUCACUCAGCCCUCAUGGAGAAAGCACGUCAGUAUUAUAUUGGGCAUAUGCUAAAGGAAGACAGACAUUCGGCGCCUGGAGAUGUGGUCAAAAAACUACUCGGGACAGUCAAGGUGGAUCACGCCCAGUGGAAGAAACGCGAAGCUCAGCUUCCUCCGCCCGACGAUGACUCCUGGCUGGAGGUGUCAGCCGACCAGCUGGAGCAGCUGCUGCAGCAGCAGUUUGAUCUCCAGCAUCAGCCGCCGCAGCAGGUGGCCGCCGAACUCCAGGAGUUUCUCAGCCAGCUCUCCGGGCUGGAGGGAGUCGAGAGCGACUCCGCUCCGGCCAGCAGGAAGAGCUCGCGCGCCCGCAAGCCGAGUCGCAAGCUCUCCGCCGCCGUGAUGCGCAAGAUCUCCACUCUGAGUCAGGCCUCCACGGCCUCCGGCAUGUCCACACUCAGCCAGAAGAUCGACUUUAACGCCGACAGCUUCACCGACGUCGUGCGCGGAAUGCUGGACCUUGGCCUGGACGACGACGACUGGAGUGACGACGACUCCUCCGGCAUGUCCUCGUAUGGCGACGAGGAUGAGUCAGCCGAGCUGCAGGACAUGCUGAAGGGCUCGGCAGCCGGAGGAGAUAUGAAGGAGAUCAUGGCGCAGAUGGAUGACGAGCUGCGUGAUUCGACGCUGGCUGAGAGCUUCGUGCGGGCGACCAAGGCUGUGCGGAAAGAGUCGGGAGCUUCGGAUGCCAGCCUGGACGACGUCGAGUCCUUCCAACCGGUGGACAUUGACGUCAACACCGUACAGAACCUGCUGCAGUCCCUGCAGGGCCAGACCGCUUCGGCCGGCCCCGCCCAGACACUGCUGGACAACAUCACCAAGGACAAGCAGAAGCAGUAGUCGCCUGGCGGAGCAGGAGCCUCCUCGACUUCACCCAGUAGCUGAAGAUGAGGGCGAGGAGUGUAUGGUUAGACCACCGCGGCUUUAGCUAGCUUGGCUUUGUCCUGUGGUGGUUAGACCACCCAACCAACCUACGACAACAGAGUAUGUCCAUAUCAUUGGAGUGAUACGCACAAACUAAGCGCACUCCAAGUCGUCCUGUGACUGAUCUUCGUUAGGGCAUCGCCCUGACCUGAGACGUCCUUACACGACCUGACCUGACCUGCUACGAUCUGCCAUUGACCUGACAUCCUCUGACUUGCCCCUGACCUUCCUAUGUCCUUACCUUACCCCGACCUUACCUUGACCUGACCUGACUCGCUGUCAGGAACGGUCUGCUGCCCCAAUCCGAAGAAUCGCCGUCCUUGUCCGGGAGUCGUUGUUUCUCUGCUGCCUCGUGUCGAUUUGGCCGCGCGUGUGAGAGGUUUUCACGGUUGUUCGUUCACCCAGUCAUCAUUCACCCGGCCCGCGGAACGCUCGUCGCCUCCGCAGCGCCAUCUUUGUCUUGCCUUGCUGAUGGGAGUAUGCGAGUGAGAGAGGGUGAGAGCGAGCGAGAGCGCGAGGGAGAGUGAGAGAUUUGGCGUCACUCAGUCGCCCGCACGCUGUACAUAGAUUUCGUCGCGAGCCAGUAUUGUGAGGUAUGCGGAGGGUUCGGAGGAGAUUGUAUACAUGUAUACAUAUAUUUGUGAUAAUUGAUACGAUGACAGGCACCGCACACACUCGCAGGCUCGCACUCGCACCUAGCUGAGGCGGACGCUGCUUGUGUCCGGCCUGUUCCGUUUGUACAUAUACGCUUAGGUGGCUCACUGUAAGCUGGGACAAUUGCGGACUGGUGCCGCGGUUGAACCAGAGAGGUUUCGGAAUCGUGCUGAUGUUAUUUUUUCUUCCUGGAUUGGAAUUCUCACUUCUCAGCAGCACUGAAAGGUAUCCGCUGGACCGGUCUUGAGUUUUUACUUUUUUACGCGAUGUUUGUGCGCGCUGAUGUUGCGUAUCGUUGUAAAUGCGUUGGCGAUGGGGCGACCACAGCAAGAGGACGGUGGUCGCCCUCGGGGUUUGGCGCAUGCGCAGAUUGUUGAUGCGGGAUCUUGCGUGGUGGGAACGGGCAUUUGCUUGUUGAUUUAUGACUUUGUGUGUGCCGCCGGCGAGUUGUCGCAAAUGGCAUGUGGUGAGAAGGGACGCUACCGGAUGGACGAGUCCUUUCCUUGCCGAGGGUCCUCCCUCGGCGAGGUUCUGGACGAGUCCAUUCCCUGACAAAGGGGAGGCAGUUGGGAGUGUUUCCCUGAUCGAGAAGGCUCCGCUCACUCUGCCUGUGUAGUUUGUAUUAUUUAUUUGUGAUAAUGAAAUAUAUGUAACUGCACAUAA